AUGAAAAUCAAUAAAUUUGUAAUAUUGGCAACAAUUGUUAUAUUGUGUGCCGUCGCAAUUGGUGCUCGUCAUUCUCACUUUGAAGAGGAGGAUGGUCCAUCCGAUGACAAUGUCAUCAGCAUGAAUGAAACAAACUUCAACGAGGUCAUCACUGGACACUAUCUCGUCCUUGUUGUUUUCUGUAUGUCAUGGAGUGGUCACUGCAAGAACUUGAAGCCACACUACUCGGAGGCUUCCAAGUCAUUUGCCACCAACAAUAAGGUUGCAUUUGGUAAAGUAGAUUGUAUUGUUGAAAAUAAUCUCUGUCAAUCGAAUAAAGUUGAAUUACUCCCAACUUUGAUUCUCUUCAGAAACGGUGAACCAGAACCAUUCGAAUUAGGUGAUAAAACAGCUUCCGGUAUUAUCAUCGCGCUCACUUCAGUUCUUUUGCCACCGAUCACCAUUAUUGGAACCGAGAAAGAUUUGGAUAGGUUGAAGGCUUUUGAAAAGGAUGUUAUUGUUGGUUUCUUUGAUAACGAUCACGACAACCAUUACGCCACCUUUAAAAAGUUGGCCUUCUCCAUGAAGAAGUUCAUCAAGUUUGGUGCUGUCAUCAACAACAAGGAGUUCUCUGCCAAGCACGUCAAAUCGAUUCCAUCCGCCAACAUCUACACCAAGUUUGAUGAUUUUCCGGUUGUCCCAUUCACUGGUAACUCGUUCGAACCAGAGGAAUUGACUCGAUUCAUCCAAUCAAGUAUUUUGCCAACUUUGGGUGAGUACAGCGAUCUCAUCAGUAGGAACUACCCUAUCGAUCUCCCAAUUGCCUACCUCUUUGUCAACACAAGCGAGAAGGAAACCACAGAAACCACCAUUGCUGAAGUCACCAAGAUAGCCGCUGCCCACAAAGGUAAGAUCAUCUUCUGCUCCGUCAACAACCCACGAUACGCCGAGUAUCUCGGUUUGUCUGGAUCCAAGUUUCCAGCUCUAGUCAUCCAGAACAUUGCUAAGCAAAAAAAGCUCUUGUUCCCAGAGAACAAAGAGUUCACUCAAACCGCCGUUUCCGAAUUCGUUCAACAAGUCAAUUCCAGCCAAAACCAGUCUGUCAAGAUCAUCGUUGGUAAUACCUUCGAUCAGAUCGUCCUCGAUGAAACCAAGGAUGUCUUGGUUGAAUUCUACGCUCCAUGGUGUCCUUACAUCUGGAGUUUGAAACCAACCUACGAAAAACUCGGAGAUUACAUGGCCAAAUACCCACAUAUCGUCAUUGGCAAGAUCGAUGCCACCGCCAACGAUGUUCCACCAGAACUUGACAUCCGUGGUUUCCCAACGAUCAAGUUCUUCAAGGCCAACGAUAAGAAGAACCCAGUUACGUUCGAGGGUGAACGUGAUCUCGCAACUCUGGUCGAAUUCAUCAAAGAGCAUUCCAUCCAAGCUUUGAAGAGCACCGAAUCCAAUGAGUUAGUUUGGUAUCAUUGA